AUGGAUAGUAAUGAAGAUGGUGUAAAUCGUUUGGAAGGGAGCUCAAACAUAAAAGGUGGCUUAGUGAUUCGGAAGAAAAAGUCGGAUAGUCAGGAAGUUUUCAAACACCCAGGCAGAUCACUUCUUGGUUUGGAGAGGCUGGUUAAGGCUCGAACACGAACUGAUGCACACUACAGAAGGCGGCAAGUAAAAGAUGAAUCUCCAGAUGGCUUGUCUAGAAGUGUUCAUGAGAAAAUUACAGAAUAUGUACAAGAAAAGUAUAAAGGUGAGAAACGUGGACUUUACGCUUACACGAAAAAGGAUGAACGCAGACAUAAAAGUCAUCAUUAUAAUGAAAAAAAAUAUCGCGAUAAACAAAACUUAAGUCGUCGGACUUCCCGAAAUAAAAGUGCAGAAACACCUUUAUUUAAAGUGCCAAACACUCCUUCACGUUCAGCCUGGGAAGAGGAUGAUUCAGGAUUAAUGUCAAAAAGAUAUCGUUCUAGUUGGGAUACACCAACUCCAUCUAGUCAUAAUGAUGGCGCUAUGUCUGAGCGUAGUGUUUCAAGCAUUUGGCGAAGUGAGCGAAACCAAGAUCCUCGAAACCGUGCUAAAAAGAAAAAUCGAGUAGAUACAGUUCGUUCGAUUGUCGAAGAAGGUGAUCUUAUUCCAGAAUUUCAUGAUGACUAUGAAAAGGCUGAAUGGGAAAGAGAGCAGCAAAAAUUGGACAGGGAGUGGUAUGACAAUGACCAGGUAAAAGAAUUUCCAGUAGUUUCGCAAGAGUAUAUUGAAAAAAAAGAAAAACAGUGGCAGCAAAAGCGUGAAAAACCUCGUCUUACGGUUCGUCAGCAGCAAAUUAAGAAAGACAAUAAAAUGUGGGAAAAUAAUCGUCUCGCAAGAUCAGGAGUUGUUUCUUUAACUGAUGAUGAUGAUUUUCUCGAUGAUGAGUCUGAUGAAAAUCGAGUAACAUUGUUGGUGCAAAAUGUUGUGCCACCAUUUCUAGAUGGCCGUUUUGUAUUUACUAAACAAAGUAAACCUGUUAUUCCUGUGAAGGAUGUAACUUCUGAUCUUGCUGUUGUAGCAGCAAAAGGAAGCAAGGUUGUACGCUUGUGGCGUGAAAAAGAAGAGCGAAAAAAAGCACAAGAAAAACAUUGGGAUUUAGCAGGUUCUAAAUUAGGAAACCUAAUAGGCAUAAAGCCGAAACCAGAUGAAACGAGCAAUGAUGAUGCUGGCUCAAGCUAUAGAGAGUCUCAGCAAUUUGCAUCACAUCUUGUUGAAUCAGAAGCAGUUUCGGAUUUUGCUUUGGAAAAAUCUAUUAAAGAACAGCGCGAAUACCUGCCAGUAUUUGCUGUAAGGCAGAAAAUGCUCAGUGUUAUUGCAGACAAUAAUGUUGUUAUAAUUGUCGGUGAAACAGGUAGUGGAAAAACAACGCAGUUAGCUCAGUAUUUGCUUGAAGAUGGCUAUGGUGAUUCUGGUCUAAUAGGUUGUACACAGCCACGUCGUGUAGCAGCAAUGUCAGUUGCUAAACGGGUAGCAGAAGAAAUGGGUGUUGAACUUGGUCAGGAAUGUGGUUACGCUAUUCGAUUCGAAGAUUGCACAUCAGAAAAUACGCAGAUCAAGUAUAUGACCGAUGGUAUUUUACUCAGAGAAUGCUUGAGUGACCCUGAUUUAGACCAGUAUUCUGCAGUUAUAAUGGACGAAGCUCAUGAACGAUCAUUGAACACUGAUGUGCUUUUUGGCCUUUUACGAGAUGUUGUUACACGUCGAGCUGAUCUUAAACUCAUUGUCACUUCAGCUACAAUGGAUGCCGAGAAGUUUGCUAAUUUUUUUGGAGGACAUACUCCGUGUUUUAAUAUCCCAGGUCGAACUUUUCCUGUGGAAAUGUUUCAUGCUCGCACGCCUAUGGAAGAUUAUGUAGAUGCAGCUGUGAAACAAGCUGUUAAAGUGCAUCUAGGUGGCACUGAUGGUGAUAUACUAAUAUUUAUGCCUGGGCAAGAAGAUAUCGAGGUUACAUGUGGAAUGAUCAAAAAUCAACUUGAGGAACUUGAUGAAGCUCCACCUCUUGCUGUUCUUCCAAUUUAUUCGCAACUUCCAAGUGACCUGCAGUCGAAAAUAUUUCAGAAAGCCCCAGGUGGCAUACGUAAAUGUAUCGUAGCGACAAAUAUUGCUGAAACCUCAUUGACAGUUGAUGGAAUUCUUUUUGUUAUUGAUCCUGGUUACUGUAAACUGAAAGUUUUUAAUCCUCGUAUUGGCAUGGAUGCACUUCAGGUCUUUCCAAUAUCACAGGCUUCGGCUAAUCAACGAUCUGGUCGAGCAGGUCGGACAGGUCCAGGACAGUGUUUCAGACUUUAUACUGAAAGGCAGUUUAAGGAAGAAAUGCUAUCUGCAACUGUACCGGAGAUUCAAAGAACCAAUCUUGCGAAUGUAAUUUUAUUGCUCAAAUCUCUCGGUGUUGAUGACCUCUUAAAAUUUCAUUUUAUGGAUGCACCUCCUCAGGAUAAUAUGCUAAAUAGCAUGUAUCAGCUAUGGACAUUGGGUGCACUAGAUAAUGUUGGUCGACUUACUGAUCUAGGCAGAAAAAUGGUAGAAUUUCCAUUGGAUCCGACAUUAUCAAAGAUGUUAAUUGUAUCAGAUGGGAUGCGUUGUAGUGAUGAAGUGUUAACGGUUGUUUCAAUGCUUUCUGUUCCUGCCAUAUUUUUUCGUCCGAAGGGUAGGGAGGAUGAUGCUGAUGCUAAAAAAGAAAAAUUUCAGGUACCAGAAAGUGAUCAUCUUACAUUUCUUAACGUGUAUGUGCAAUGGAGACUUCAUAAAUAUUCCGUAAAAUGGUGCAAUGACAAUUUCAUUCAUGCUAAGGCUAUGAAAAAAGUCCGAGAAGUUCGUGCUCAACUCAAAGAUAUCAUGGAGGAGCAAAAAAUUACGCUUGUAUCUUGUGGCACUGAUUGGGAUGUUAUACGGAAGUGUAUUUGUUCUGCUUAUUUUCAAAAUGCUGCAAGAUUGAAAGGAAUUGGGGAAUAUGUUAACGUUCGAACAGGAAUUCCUUGUUUUCUGCACCCUACAUCUGCACUUUUUGGAAUGGGAUACAUGCCAGAUUACGUUGUGUAUCAUGAGUUAGUGAUGACGGCUAAGGAGUAUAUGCAGUGUGUGACAUCAGUUGAGACAGCUUGGCUAGCUGAACUCGGCCCCAUGUUUUAUUCAUUGAAAGAUUCGGAUUCAAGUAGAACUGAAAGAAGAUUGCAAAGUAUACGAGAUGCUCGUGAUAUGGAAAAGGAAAUGAAACAGGCUAGUGGUAAAAUGAGUCAAAUGGCAGAAGCGGAAUCGAAUCGAUCUCAUUCCAUGUCCUCCGUUUCAUCUGAACAUAUAGCAGAACCUGGAAAAGGGCCAGCAUCCGUCAGAUCCUCAAAGAGGUUUGGAAUGUGA